AAGGAAAGACGGCUUGACUCUGCAAGCCGAGGGGACGAGCAACAGCAAUGGGGAGAGCAGGAGUCCCCCAGCAGGAAUUCCGUGGUCAUCUGCCAAGCGGUUGGGAGAAGUAUCUUCACCUCCAGCAUCUCGCCAGCAGCAGAGAGAGUGAGCCUUAUGCUGAAACAGGAGGAGGAGGAGGAGGUGGAGGAGGAGAAUGAAGGAACAAAUUGCCCAGUGCUAUUUAUACAGCUCUCGGACUUCAGUACCCCUGAAGGACUGGAAUGGAGGCAAACCGCCAGGUGGAUAAAGUUUGAAGAGAAAGUGGAAGAUGGAGGAGAGCGCUGGAGCAAGCCUCACGUGACAACUCUCUCCCUUCACAGCCUGUUUGAGCUACGGACAUGUAUAAAGAGAGGAGCUGUCCUGCUGGAUUUGGAAGCUCACAGUUUUAAGCAAAUACUUGAAAAGGUGAUUGAAACCCAAAUAGAGAACCAUGCCCUCAGGCCAGAGCUCUCAAAGAAACUCAUGUAUGUCUUGCUCCUCAAGCCUCAGCACCACAUCACCAAAUCUCAGCUGAGGAUGCUGGUUGAGAUGGGUGUGUCCUCCUGCUCCGGCAAAGCUAACAGCCGCUCAGAUCUAGUGGGUGAGGUCUCAGAAGUGCCCCUAAAGGAACAGCUUAAUAAUCACUUUAAGAAGAAGAUUCCAGCUGGGACUGAAGUGGCCAACAUUCUUGUAGGAGAAGCCAGCUUCCUGGAGAAACCUUUCGUUGCUUUUGUGCGCCUGCAGGAAUCAGUGCUUCUUGGGAGCUUAGCAGAAGUUGCUUUCCCUAGCAGGUUCCUCUUUAUCCUCCUGGGUCCCAGAGCCAAAGUGAAGGCCUACCAUGAAAUCGGCAGGGCUGUGGCUACUCUCUUGACAGAUGAGCUUUUCCAGAGGGUUGCCCGGAAAGCAAGGGACGCAGAAGAUCUCACUGCAGGAAUUGAUGAGUUUCUGGAUGAACUGACUGUCUUACCCCCGGGCAAAUGGGACCCAACCACUCGAAUUGCCCCCCCAAAAUGCUUGCCCUCGCCACAGAAGAGGAUCGCCUUGCACUUCCGCGAGUGGAAUCCUCACUCGAGUGGGCACUUGUCUGCCGCGGACGAGCGUCAUGCCCACGGGCAUCAGCACGUCAGUGAAGAGCUGAAGAGGACCGGAAGACUAUUUGGAGGUUUACUGAAGGACAUCCAGAGAAAAGCCCGCUGGUACUGCAGUGAUUUCUACGAUGCCCUGAACAUCCAGUGCCUUUCAGCCAUCCUGUACAUCUACCUGGCCACAGUCACCAACGCCAUCACCUUUGGAGGGAUGCUGGGAGAUGCGACAGACAACAUGCAGGGUGUGCUGGAGAGUUUCCUGGGAACUGCUUUUGCUGGAGCCUUUUUCUGCCUGUUUGCUGGUCAGCCUCUCACCAUCCUAAGCAGCACUGGGCCUGUCCUGGUCUUUGAGCGGCUUCUUUUCUCCUUCAGCAAAGACUACAGCUUGGAUUACUUAGAAUUCCGCCUCUGGAUUGGCCUCUGGGUGGCCUUCUUUGGCCUCAUCCUGGUGGCUACCGAAGCCAGUUACUUGGUGCAGUAUUUCACACGCUUCACCGAAGAAGGCUUCUGUGCCCUCAUCAGCUUCAUUUUCAUCUACGAUGCAGUUAAGAAGAUGCUGUCACUGGUGGAACACUACCCAGUCAACUGGGACUACAAGAUCAGUGAUGUCACCUUGUACAGCUGCACCUGCCGGGUGCCAGAGAGAGACAACUCUUCUCUUCUGAACAAGACACUGUUCCCUACCUACAGCAGUUUGGGAGAGCCUUGAGAUUCGGAGUCUGGCAACUGGUCCCUGCUGACCAAGCGAGAGUGUGUGCAACUCGGAGGCCACCUGGUGGGCAACAGCUGCAACUACGUGCCUGACAUCACUUUCAUGUCUUACGUUCUGUUCCUGGGGACAUUUAUCUGCUCUAUGGCCUUAAAGAACUUCAAGUCCAGCCGCUAUUUCCCCGCAGCUGUGAGGAGGCUGGUGGGCGACUUCUCCAUCAUCCUGGCUAUCCUCAUAUUCUGUGGAAUCGAUGCUGCCCUUGGAUUGGAGACUCCGAAGCUCAUUGUGCCCAACACAUUCAAGCCUACAAACUCCGAGAGAGGCUGGGUUGUGUUUCCGUUUGGAGCAAACUCCUGGUGGAUAUGCUUGGCAUCGUCAGUGCCUGCCAUUUUGGUCAUUAUCCUCAUCUUCAUGGACCAGCAAAUCACAGCUGUCAUUCUCAACCGCAAGGAGUAUAAGCUUCAGAAAGGGGCAGGAUUUCACCUGGAUUUCUUCUGCGUUUCCCUGCUGAUGGUCUUUACCUCCGUGCUGGGUUUGCCCUGGUACGUGUCGGCCACGGUCAUUUCUUUGGCCCACAUGGACAGCCUUAAGAAGGAGAGCACCACUUGCGCUCCAGGGGAGCAGCCUAAGUUCCUCGGAAUCAGGGAGCAAAGGGUGACAGGUCUGAUGGUCUUCAUCCUUACAGGAUUGUCUGUGUUCUUGGCACCUGUACUCGAGUUUAUCCCAAUGCCUGUGCUGUAUGGCAUCUUCCUCUACAUGGGUGUGUCUGCGCUCAGCAGUAUUCAGCUCACAGACAGACUCCAGCUCUUGUUUAUGCCUGCCAAACACCAGCCGGACUUCAUUUACCUCCGUCACGUUCCUCUACGCCAAGUGCAUCUCUUCACCUUCAUCCAGAUGCUCUGCCUGGCUGUUUUGUGGAUCAUUAAAUCGACGGCAGCUGCCAUUAUCUUCCCGUUAAUGCUGCUGGCUCUAGUGGGUAUACGGAAGGCAAUGGAGUACAUCUUUUCCUUACAUCACCUGGCUUGGCUGGAUGACAUCAUGCCAGAAAAGGACAGGAAAGAAGAAGAAGAAAAGCUGAAGAGGAAGCAAGAUCAGGACGAGAGUGACAAUGAGGAUUCUGAACUUAUGUACCAAGAAAAAGGACCAGAAAUCAACAUCUCCGUGAACUGAACGGACUGAGACUCACCAGCGGACAAGGCAAAAGAUGACCAUGUGUGAUAUACAACCCCAUAAGCUGUUUCCUGUGAGCAGUCUCAGAGGAAGGAGACAGCCUGCACUUAGAAGACCAGCUCUGAUACUCUGCAGAACAUGGCUGAUGUGUGAUGGGUCUCACAGGAAGAGGAAAGCAAAGCAUUUGAUAUAAUUAAAGCAUAAGGCGGGGGAGGGGGAUGCAUAGGCAAUCUUUCUGUCCAUCCCUCUCACAUGCAUGUUGCUGUGCUGAACAGACCAUAUUGGAAUGUUCCUUCUUCCACUUUGCUACCAUGUCGUCUAGAAAGUCAGCAUGUGUGAAUUCACUAGGGACGGAAGGAUCUCUCGCAG